UUGUUCACUGUAAGAAAAAAAGAAGAAAAAAACUCCAUCCAUCGCUCAAAACCCCACUACCCAAAAGUACUCUCUUCAGCACCCUCCACUCCACUAUUAAUUCCUCUUCUCCUCCACCCCACUUUUACUAUCUAACAAGGAAGAUGUCUAAAUUCUUCUUUGUUUUUAUUGCCCUCUUCCUCCCUGCUCUAGUCUCCGGCGGGCGGGAGUCAUGUAGCUGUGAUAAUUCCGAUGGCGCUGCCACCGAGCACAACGCCGCAAAAGAAGCAAUGAAAUACAAGGUGGGGUCGAUUGCGUCGGUGCUGGUGGCCGGCGCUGCAGGGGUGAGCCUUCCUUUGGUGGGGAAAAAGAUCCGGUGUCUGAGACCAGAAAAUGACAUAUUUUUCAUGAUAAAGGCUUUUGCUGCAGGGGUCAUUUUGGGCACUGGGUUCAUCCACAUACUGCCCGAUGCCUUCCAAGAUUUGACCUCCCCCUGUCUCGGCCAAAAUCCUUGGGGCGAUUUUCCAUUUGCGGGCUUCAUUGCAAUGACCGCCUCCAUCGCCACCCUGAUGGUCGACACAUUUGCAACCAGUUUUUACCAGAGACGUCACUUCAGUAAAACCAAGCAGGUAAUUGCUGACCAGGAAAGAGCCGAUGACCAUGCCGGUCACGUGCAUGUUCACACGCACGCCACACAUGGCCACGCUCACGGAUCCGCCGCUGCUCCCACCGGAGAAUUGAGUCUUGCUGACCUAAUCCGCUACCGGAUUAUAUCUCAGGUGUUGGAAUUGGGAAUUGUGGUUCAUUCGGUAAUAAUCGGUAUAUCUCUUGGUGCAUCGCUGAGCCCUGCCACCAUUAAGCCACUGCUGGUAGCUCUGUCUUUCCACCAAUUUUUUGAGGGCAUGGGUCUCGGUGGCUGCAUUUCCCAGGCACAAUUUAGGUGGCGAUCAGCGGCAGCAAUGGCGACAUUUUUCUCACUGACAGCGCCUGUGGGAAUUGCAGUGGGAAUUGGAAUCUCGGGAGUUUACAGAGACAAUAGCCGGACGGCUCUGAUGGUGGAAGGAAGCAUGAACUCAGCAUCCGCAGGGAUAUUGAUAUACAUGGCCCUUGUGGACCUUCUUGCUGCGGAUUUCAUGAACCCAAGGAUGCAAAACAACUUGGGGCUUCAAUUAGGAGCUAAUAUCUCUUUGCUUCUAGGGGCUGCUUGCAUGUCUGUAUUGGCUAAAUGGGCUUGAUCCACUUUUGCACUAUUCUUAGCCCAAUCCAAUCCAAACCUUCUCAAUUUUGAUAGCCAUCAACAAAGAGCAACGCUACCCCCGCUCCCACUUCAGUAACUGCCUUGGCCACCCUUGAGCACACUAGCCAUCAAAAUCAAACUAAUGUUUGAUUUUAUAUUUUUCAAUAGAGUUUUCGUAUAAUAAAAAACCUAUUUUAAAGUGAUUUUUGAAUAUGACAAAAAUAAUUUUAACCAUUUCAAAUUCACAUCAAUUUUUUUAGUAUUGUAUUCAAUGGCCUUAAAUUAUUAAAUUGAGAUGCACACU